CAAACUGGCAGCCUAAAUUUCCCGAUACGACAUCGCUUUUGGAUCAUCCCAAUAGAAAGUUCUUUUUCUUGGCGAUUUCAACUCUCAAAAAAACAAAACCUCACUCAGUGGUGAGCCGGUGACUCAGUACUUUGAUUCUCUCCCUUUCCCUCUUUACAGAGAAAAAGAAAGAAAAGUGAAGAAUCAUAUUCAGAAUAGCUACAGGCGUACGGAACUCUAGGGUUUUGGUGCCGUGAUCUGGUUUAGAAGAUGGCGAGUCCGAUCACGCCGGGAAGCGGCAGGGCGUUGUCUAUAAUGCCGGGGUCUAGGGUUGUGAAGAGUCCUCUUAGUGACGAAACCAUUUGGAAACGACUCAAGGAAGCUGGAUUCGAUGAGGAAUCGAUCAAGAAGAGAGAUAAAGCUGCGCUUAUUGCUUAUAUUGCAAAGCUUGAAGCUGAGCUCUUUGAGCACCAACACCACAUGGGCCUUCUUAUAUUGGAGAGAAAGGAGCUUGCUUCCAAGUAUGAACAAAUUAAAGCCUCUGCUGAAGCAAGUGAGAUAAUGCAAAUGCGGGAUCAAGCUGCACAUGCAUCUGCUCUUGCAGAAGCAAAAAAGCGAGAGGAUGGUUUGAAGAAAUCUUUAGGAGUUGAGAAAGAGUGCAUAGCAAGCAUUGAGAAAGCAUUGCAUGAGAUGCGUGCAGAAUCUGCUGAAACUAAGGUUGCCGCUGAAAGUAGAUUAGCUGAAGCGCGUAUUAUGAUAGAGGAUGCUCAGAAGAAGUUUGCAGAGGCUGAGGUAAAGUUUCAUGCUGCAAAGUCCUUACAAACAGAAGCUAGCCUCUUUCAACGCACUGCUGAGAGAAAGCUCCAAGAAGUUGAAGCACGUGAAGAAGACCUUAGUAGACGUAUUGUACUGUUCAAAAAUGAUUGUGACACAAAGGAGAAGGAGAUUACUCUUGAACGGCAAUCACUGAGUGAGAGGCAGAAGAUUAUACAGCAAGAACAUGAAAGACUACUUGAUGGGCAAGCUUCUUUGAACCAGAGAGAGGAGUAUAUCUUUAGUAGAAGUCAAGAAUUAAAUCAACUGGAGAAGGAGUUGGAGGCAUCAAGAGUGGAUAUUGAGCGGGAACAUAAAGCUUUGAAGGAUGAAAAAUCCAAACUUGAGUUGACUUUAGCUUCUCUUUCAAAAAGAGAGGAGGCUAUUACUGAGCGAGAAGUUCUGCUUAGCAAGAAAGAACAACAGCUGCUUGUUUCUCAAGAGAAACUUGCAAACAAGGAAUCUGAUGAAAUUCGCAAGGCCAUUGCUAGUCAUGAAACUGUACUAAGAACCAAAAAAUCUGAGUUUGAGGCUGAGCUUGAGAUCAAGCGCAAAAUGGCUGAAGAUGAGAUUGAAAUGAAGAGACGGGCAUGGGAGUUGAAGGAGAUGGAUAACAAUCAAAGGGAAGAUCUAAUUCGUGAAAGAGAACAUGAUUUUGAUGUUCGAUCAAGGAUAUUAGCAGAGAAGGAGAAGGAUGUGACUGAAAAGUCAAAUCUCAUAGAGGAGAGAGAAAAAAGUUUGAGUGGUUUUGAAAAGGAACUUGAGUUGAAUAAAGUUCUUUUAGAAAAUGAAAAGGAAGAGAUAAAGAAAAUGAAACUUGAGCUUCAGAAGUCAUUGUCUUCAUUAGAAGAUAAAAGAAACCAAGUUGAUUUUGCAAAGGAGAAACUACAAGCCAUGAGAAGUGAGACACAUGAAUUAUCGAAUUUAGAAUCAAAACUGAAGGAGGAACUUGAUUUGGUUAGGGCACAAAAGUUGGAGCUGAUGGCUAAUGCAGAUAGGUUACAAGUAGAGAAGGCCAAAUUUGAAACUGAGUGGGAAUUGAUUGAUGAAAAAAGAGAAGAGCUGAAGAAGGAAGCCAUGCGUGUUCAUGAGGAGAGAGAAGCAGUUUUGAAGUUUCUCAAGGAUGAGCGUGAUAGCUUGAGAAGAGAGCGUGAUGUAAUGCGAGAGAAGCAUAACAAGGAUGUUGAAUCAUUGAAUCGUGAGAGAGAAGAUUUCAUGAACAAGAUGGUAAGUGAGCAUUCUGAUUGGUUCAACAGGAUUCAACAAGAGCGUGCUGAAUUGUUGCUGGGAAUUGAAACCCAGAAGAGGGAGCUGGAGAAUUUUAUUGAGAAAAGGCGUGAAGAAUUGGAAAGUUCUUUGAAGGAAAGAGAGGAAGCUUUUGAGCGAGAAAAGAGAACUCAAUUUCAGCAUAUUAAUGCUUUGAAGGAAAGAGCAGAGAAAGAGUUAGAACAAGCUACCUUAGAAAUGAAAAGGCUUGAUGCUGAGAGAAUAGAGAUCAAAUUGGAUCGUGAGCGAAGGGAAAGGGAGUGGGCAGAGUUGAACAAGUCUAUUGAGGAGCUUAAGCUGCAAAGGCACAAAUUGAAGCAGCAGAGGGAACUACUGCAUGCUGAUAGAAAAGAAAUACAUGCUGAGAUUGAAGAGCUAAAAAAGUUGGGGGACUUGAAAGCUGCUGUGGAUAAUAUGAUGGUUGCUCAAAUGCAAUGCUCUAUUGUAGAGCUUAGCCGGCAGAAAGCAUCUGAAAGAAAGACUCUGAAAGAGCAAACUGUCAUGCAAAAUUCUGGAUCCGGUUCAGUUAAAAAUAGGGUCGUUGCUGACAAUGGCAAUGGAUUCAACUCGCCAAUGUCAAAACCAGAUAGUGCUUCUCCUAGCUCUGCCCGUUUCUCUUGGAUUAAGCGCUGCAGAGAAUUGAUAUUCAAAAAUGCCCCUGACAUGGCCCAAAUGAAGCCAGAAGAAAGAUCUUUGAUCUCUGACCAUGAAGAUGUGUUUUUGACGUCAGCUGGAAAGUUGGUUUUAAGCCAUGGGUGUGAUGGGCAAAAAUACAAGCAGUAUGGAAGAAAGCCCUUGGGAUUUGAUGGGGAACCAAAAGUGACAGUGGAAGUGCCCUCAGAAGAUGAGGUGCUCAAAGGAAUUCAUCAUUUGGAAUCUGGAUUUGAAAAAAGCAAUGCGGGAAAGUCUUUAGUAUCUGAAGAAGGGAUUCAAGCUGGAAGGAAAAGAAGAGUUGACAGCUCACCUUCACGUGGUACUAAAAAAAGGAGGCAAACAAAAGAUGCUUCUGUAAUUCAAGAAGAGGAUUGUGCUCACAGUGUAAAUUCAACUGAACCAAAUUCGCUUCCAGAUCAGCCUGUAUCAUUGUCAUAUGAUCAGAGUCAAGGAGGAGCUGAUGAGACUAAUGCACUGGUUGUUGAUAAAAUAACAGAGAUUUUGGAAGAGACCUUUGAAAAAAAGGUUGUAGUUGAUUCUUCCAAUCUAGGAAAUACUGACCAUUUGCAGGAUAUUGUAGCAGAAUCAAUGCAGGGUAUUCCUCAAAGUGGAGGAAUGUGCAGUCUUGCAAGUGCUUCAGGAGAGAAUGGUGGAUCUGGGGAUCCAGUAAUUGUUCAAGAAGCACAUUUGGGGAAGGUUUCUCAAGUUACCAAGCCCUAUCAGCCAAUGAAAGACGUGUCAGAAGGAGGCACAAAGCUUGAAGACAACGUAGUUCCCAAACUAGAUGAGAAUGAGAAAAUGGGAAUGAGGACGAGGUCAAAGCAGAAGUUGUAGAAAUAUAUGUAGUUUCUUUUUAGCUUCUACAGUUAUAUUUUAACCAUUUUGCACAAAGAAUAGCAGAUGUUCAACAUGCCAUGUAACAACUAAACAUGGGAAAGAUGCUUACUAACUUGGAUCUUGUUCAGAAUACUUGUAAAUGCUUAUCCUUUUAUUUUGGUGUGGGUUUGUUUAGUAGUGCUGGUUUAUGAUGUUCUUAGUUUCCAUAGGGUGGUUUGUUAGGUUUUAUAGUGUGUUUGCGUUGGUUUAUUAUGGCUGAUAUGAUGAAAAAAUAGGAUUAGAUUUUUGCCCUAGAUGUUUCAAAGUCGUCAGUUUCUCUAUCAGUGAAACUGGUAUUGGAAAUGAUUUGGAUGGGGUUUGUUUUGUUUAGAACUCUUUCAACCCACAGAUGAGACAUUCCCGCUGGAGAUUUUUACAAUCUUCUACAUGAUUAAACUUCAUUGUUUUUCCA